GUUGUCGCGCGUGGAGACGUCUCUCGCUGCCAAACGGCAAAGUCGCCCCGACCUCCAAUCUUUGCUUAGUGGCGCGUUUUGUCCGCAUGUAAAAGCGACCGAGGCUCCGGUGUUGAACGCGAGCAGCGGCAAAGUUCGCCAAGCUCCUCAGUCGCGCGGAGCAGCUCGAUGGGACGUCCCUGCCCCGAACUCGCAGCCUACGUCGAUGACAGAUCCCCUCCGCCGAGACAACACGAGCGGAGGCUCACCGGGUAGGCGUUUUCUCUCUCCCUCUCCCUCUCCGACUCGCGGGCUCGGGAAGUGUUGUUUUUAUUUGUUCUCCGCGCGAACCGAGCGCCGCGUCUCAACUCGGGCGACGCGAGCCGAGCAUGGCCUUCCACCCGAGCUUGCCCGAAAUAGACGAGACGACGAACUCUUUCGCGGCGGAUGAGCGGGGUCGCUUGGAUGCCGCGGACGGCUACGCGCGUCAGACCACCGCCGAGCUCAGCGAGGCAGUGUCGGUGUCCCUGGGUCUGGACUCGGUGUCUUCUCCGCUCAGCGGCAUCGACCUCUGCUCCAGCGGCGCCUUCGCGGACUCUUGCGACUCCGUCGGCAGCUGCGCCCGGGGAGCGCCGGGGUCGGGGUCGGGGGCGGCCGCGCACGUCACCUCGCGUGACAGCAGCCCGCCAGAGGACGACUUCGGAGAAGUGUGCCAGGGCAUGCGGCAGGUGAGCUGCAUGGACAUGCUCCGCUCGGGCGACGCGGACCGCGCGCACACCGUGACGCGCGGCUCGCUGAUAUCCAGGUAUGUCUGCAGGGAGUCCAACUUGUUCACGAGUCCGGCGGCGGAGCUGCCCGCGCCCUCGCAGGUGGAGGAGCUGCUGUCCCUGAAGCAGUACUCCGCGUACGGUGCCCAGCCGAGCCUGCACAGGGACGCUCGCGGUGCGUGGUGCGCACACGAGCGCGCGUACGGCGGCCGACCCGAGCCGGACAGAGACGGACCCAGCGGACUGCAGUUCUUGGGCAAACAUUGCAACUGUGGCCAAACGCCUGGUGGAUCCAGACAGGAGUGCCCCUGUGUCUGGUACGGCAAGGGCGAGCAGUGUGGUAAAGGUGGCACGCGGGCGCCGAUGGCACCGGGCUACGGCCAAGUGGAAAGAUACCAAAGUGCGAUCGCCCAAGGACAAGCCACUUUUCCCACCAUCAAGACCGAACCGUCCGUCUGGGUGGAUUGCUCGGAGCACACUUUCAGGCACGAGGAUUUAUUUCCAGGUGUGUACCUGUCAGACAGGAGAGUGUGUCAGGUGUGCGGGGACGAUGCCUCAGGUUGUCACUAUGGAGCAGUCACCUGUGGCAGCUGCAAAGUAUUCUUCAAGAGGGCAGCUGCAGGUAAGCAGAACCACCUGUGCGCCAGCCGGAACGACUGCACCAUCGACAAACUGAGGCGCAAAAACUGUGCCUCGUGCCGCCUAAAGAGGUGCUUCAUGUCGGGAAUGAGCCUUAAAGGUCGCAGGCUGAAGGGAACCGGACUGACGAGAAACGAAGAGGAGGAGCAACCAACUGCUGCCUGGGGGCCGGGAGACAGACGGGAGAGGUUUGGGAUGAAAGAUGUGAUCUUGGAGCCCAGAAGUGCAGCUGCCAGGGCUCAAGGUGCAACGUCUCAAGCCAUGGUUCUGAGUAUACCCCCCAGCCUGCGCUCUUGCCUUUCGCUGCUCAGCAUCCUGCAGGCCAUUGAGCCGGCCGUGGUCAAUGCCGGACAUGACCCCGCCCAGCCAGACACCCCCACGUCACUGCUCACCAGCCUCAAUGAGCUCGGGGAAAGACAGCUGGUGACAGUUGUGCGUUGGGCCAAGGCAAUCCCAGCAGGUUUCCGUGACCUGCAUGUGGAUGAUCAGAUGUCAGUGAUUCAGUUGUCUUGGAUGGGGGUGAUGGUGUUCGCUUUGGGCUGGAGGUCCUACACACUUACUAACAGCUCCAUGCUCUACUUUGCUCCCGACCUAGUCUUCAAUGACCACCGGAUGCAAGUGUCCAGUAUGUAUGAACACUGUGUGAGAAUGAAGCUGCUCUCCCAAAGGUUCUGCAUGCUGAAGGUCACCCAAGAGGAGUUCCUGUGCAUGAAGGCCCUGGUCCUCUUCAGCAUCAUGCCAGUGGAGGGUCUAAAGAGCCAACGCUGUUUUGAUGAACUGCGGACGUCCUACAUAAAGGAGCUGGACCGUUUGGUCAGCCACAGCGGAGAGACCACCCGUACGCAGAGACUGUUUCAGCUCACGCAGCUGCUGGACUUCCUCCAGUCGAUUGUGAGGAAGCUACACCAGUUCACCUAUGAUCUGUUCAUCCAAGCCCAGUCCCUGCAGACACGUGUCAACUUCCCAGAGAUGAUCUCAGAGAUUGUGAGCGUUCACGUGCCCAAGAUCCUCUCCGGCAUGGUCAAACCCAUUCUUUUCCACAAUACAGCCUAGAGGGAAACAGAGAGAGGGGGGGGGGGUCUCUGUGGUUGGUCACUUGAGCUCUACACCUAGUUCUUCAAGAGAGGAUUUAUGAUUUUAUGAGGUGAAAGAAGUGUAAGCCCCUCUUUACCUACAGUGAGUCUAGCGGUGGGUUUUAACAGAAGGGAAUACAGCACAUUCUUCCAGCUUAAUCUAAUCUAGUUACAUCUACUCUGUUCUUUCUUACUGCCUGUUCUCUGUGUCACGCAAAACACAUGUUUCUGGAGCUCAUUAAAACACUAUUUAGCAUGCAUUCCUCCGCGCAGGCCCCCACGAGUGGCCAAUGGCCCGGCACCGUAGACUUCCUCAACCCCUCAUAGAGAUUGUGACAACAGGCAAUAUUUCAUUUUUGAGAGGUAAGACAGAAGAAAGCGAAAAAAACAAAACAUUUUUCUUUUACAGAGCUCACGUCACCGUGGCUUAUCUGUGUGUGCAGUAGUUUGACAUUUGGACUAGCUUCUUUUUCCCCCACAAUGGAUGUUAUUGUGUGCGCCCGAGAUGAACAAAGUCGAUGAGUGACAGUUAAUAAACGGUUGUGACAUGCAUGCUUAGAAGCAGCGCCGUCCCACCAUAAGGCAUACGAAGACACUUCUGAAAGAUGUUCUCAUCUGUAGAAAUAACAGUCGGCUAGUUUUAGAGUGUCGACGAAAUACAUGCACUUGUGACAGUGACGGCAUCCGUGCAAAAAAUUUAUAUUUGUCAUAAGCUCACACCAAAAAACAAUGACGAUAAUUAUUGGACAAAACUCACAUCAUACUCCGAUGAAGUCGUCAGACACUAUAUGGUGACCUUUUUGUUGUUGUUGUUGUUGUUGUUAAAGUUUGCUUGUUUUUGAGUGUCAAAUGUUAUUCAAGUACAGAUUUUUUCCAGAGUGGGCAUUUCAUACCGUUAAGACUUUUCUACAGUUUUUAAAGUGUUCCUUGCAGGUGCGUUGUUGUGUGUAUCCUCUUGUAUUGGUCGUAGAUUUUUGACAAUUUCUUGUGAAACGUUAAAUGAAUGUGCUCAAUUUGUUGCAACACUUUCAGCUCAACAUGUAAUAAAACUGAAGCAUGA